AAAGUUAGGUGGCUCGUCUCUUCCUCUCUCUCAUGACUUACUAAACGAAUUCGGAACAAAAUGGUAUCUUACGUCAUUACUAUGACGUUGCAGGUACCAAUUGGUUAACCAAAUGGUAUACCAACCAAAGCUUGCCGAAAUCUCCUAAUGUCAAAAAAGUGCGAAUUUCGCAGUUAUGAAUACAACGCUUAAAACCCUACCGAUUUUGAAAAAAAAUGGACAAGUUGAUAGAGAUGUUCUUCAUCACCUAUCACCUGUCAAAGACUGAAUGUGGAACCCUAUCGAAAAUCUUCAGAAGAAAAAUUCAAUUUCAAGUUAAGGUCGUAUAUCUGAAGUGUAGACCGAAGCCAAAUUUUAUUCUAUUAAAAUUUGAAAAUGCAGUUUGCCGAUUAAUAUAAAAUGUGAACAUUUUCAUGAUAAUAAUCAUCGAUUAACUUUUUUAAUCACUCUGAGGAAAGUUGAAAAAUCGCAAAUAUAGCACUUAUGAAUACGUCACAACCACAGCAUAGCUAACCUUUAUUUGCUUACAGUCUGUAAACCAGUGAAUAAUUUUCACUGUCAUUAGAGUGUCAUCUGUCAUUGUGACUUUACUACUCCCUUGUUUAUUUUUUUUCCUAUAUAUAAUUUCAUUUCCUAUAAAUAAUUAAAAUUUCUAGACCCACAGUGAAAAUUAGUUUAUGCCAAGGCAAUUAGCAAUACACAGGAAAUAUGCCGAUGCUUGUCGAGGACAACAACAACGAAAUCCGUGCGAAAAUCGCCUAUAGCGGUGAAAUUUUAAUAAUCUACAUAAAACGUACCAUAACGCUAGAAGAAUUGUGCCACGAAAUACGUGAAAUAUGUAGGUUUUCGCACGACCAAGUUUUCACAAUGAAAUGGGUCGACGAAGAAGGCGAUCCCUGUACGAUAUCGACUCAAUUAGAAUUGGACGAAGCCCUCAGGUUAUACGAGAUUAACAAAGACUCGGAGCUGACCGUUCAUGUAUUUCCUAACGCUCCGACUCAACCAGGAAUGCCUUGCCAAGGAGAAGACAGGAGUAUUUAUCGACGAGGAGCUAGACGCUGGAGGAAAUUAUACAGAGUAAACGGACAUACAUUUCAAGCUAAACGGUUCAAUAGACGUGCAUUUUGUGCUUAUUGUCAUGACAGAAUUUGGGGCCUUGGACGACAAGGCUUCAAAUGUAUUCAGUGUAAAUUGCUAGUUCAUAAAAAGUGCCACAAAGCUGUGAAUGUUCCUUGUAGCAUUGACCAUAAUAGAGACACACUUUCCAGAGAAGAGCCACAAGAACUCAAUGGGGAAACUCAAAGUUUAAGCAACCAAAGCACAGAUAUUAAUCAGGAUUCUGUAAGGGAGUAUACUGAAUCACCUCCAGAUGUUACAGGCGAAUCUGUUCCUGUAGAGGAUCCAAAUAGGCCUUUGGAGGAAUUAGAGCCUGGUUCACAAAGACAAUAUUCUUUGAAUGAUUUUGAAUUGAUUCGUGUUAUUGGGCGAGGCUCUUAUGCCAAAGUAUUAAUGGUUGAGUUAAAGAAAACCAAAAGAAUUUAUGCUAUGAAGGUUAUCAAAAAAGCUUUAGUUACUGACGAUGAAGAUAUUGAUUGGGUACAAACAGAGAAACAUGUAUUUGAGACUGCUUCCAACCAUCCAUUCCUUGUAGGCUUACAUUCCUGCUUCCAAACACCUUCAAGACUAUUCUUUGUAAUAGAAUUCGUAAGAGGGGGCGACUUAAUGUUCCACAUGCAAAGACAAAGAAAACUCCCAGAAGAACAUGCCAGAUUUUAUGCAGCCGAAAUUUCUUUGGCCCUCAACUUUUUGCAUUGCAAAGGUAUCAUUUACCGAGACUUGAAGCUGGAUAACGUUUUGCUAGAUCACGAAGGGCAUAUCAAAUUAACUGAUUAUGGUAUGUGUAAGGAGGGUAUUAGAGCUGGUGAUACUACGUCCACUUUUUGCGGUACGCCCAACUAUAUUGCUCCGGAAAUACUGAGGGGAGAAGAUUAUGGAUUUUCGGUUGAUUGGUGGGCGUUGGGGGUGCUUCUGUAUGAAAUGUUGGCUGGCAGAUCUCCGUUUGACAUUGCAGGAGCUUCUGAAAAUCCCGAUCAGAACACUGAGGAUUAUUUGUUCCAGGUUAUUUUGGAGAAGACCAUUCGUAUUCCAAGGUCUUUGAGUGUUAAAGCUGCCAAUGUUCUGAAAGGCUUUCUGAACAAAAAUCCUGCUGACCGAUUGGGAUGUCAUAGUACAGACUCUUUCAUUGAUAUUACAGGACAUCAAUUUUUCAAAAGUAUCGACUGGGAUCUUCUUGAGCAAAAACAAGUACCGCCCCCCUAUAAACCGCGCCUCGACUCUGAUCGGGAUUUGGCCAAUUUCCCACCGGAAUUUACUGACGAACCAGUGCACCUGACUCCAGAUGAUCCGCGAGUCAUCGAGAAAAUCGACCAAUCAGAAUUUGAAGGGUUUGAAUAUGUUAAUCCUCUUCUGAUGUCGUUGGAGGAUUGCGUCUGAUUUUUGCUAUCAAUUAUUUGGAAUAAGAAUAAGAAUAUUUAGUUUUAUUCUUCCCUGGUGCCUUAAAGUAUUCAAGGACCAUUCCGUUUAUAGUAUGUAUUUAAUGGAUUAAUAUUUUUUUUUAUAACUGGUUACACCACCUAGAAAAAAGUGUCUAAACUAGUAUAAUUUUUUCUAUAUACUUUGCACUUUUACUAAUUUGUACUUAUUAUUGCAGAUCUCAAGUUUAUUUUCAAUACCUGCCUAUUUAAAAAUCAUUGUUAUUAGUAUUAUUUUUGACAAGUAUUAAUUAAUUAUGAAAAAUUAACUUGAAAUGUUUAUAAAAUUGUACCUGCGGGUAGAUGCUAAUAAUAUUUUUAUAUAAUAAAUACACAAUUGUAUUAAGGCCUGCAGACUGAUUUUGGCAAAUGUAGGUAUUUAUAUCAAAAUUAAUUAUUGAUAAAAUAUAUUAUAUUGACGAUUUUUUAACAAGUUUGUUUUAAGACUAUUUUUGCAACCAAAAGCAUUCAAAAUAUUCUAUUAACUAAUUUAUAAAUUUAAAUGAUAACAAAUCUUGCAUGACGCACUUGAUAGUCUCAAGGAGCUGUCGGUUUUCAUCAGUUCCAUUAUCACUUGGGGUGCACAAUUCUUGUAUUGAGCUCAAACAGGUGCCAAAAUUCUCCUGACUGAUUUUCUCUGAUGGAAAAUGCACUUGUUUCAGGGUCUCGAUGAAAUCGUUUUUCAAACUUUCGUAGAUCAUUUCUUUUUCGAUGAUUUCCUGCUUCAGUUG